AUGGCCUUCGCCGGCCAAACGCCCACGAUCAUUGUCUUGAAGGAAGGCACGGAUACAUCCCAAGGCAAAGGCCAGAUACUCUCCAACAUCAACGCUUGUCUCGUGAUUCAGUCGACGAUCAAGGGAACUCUUGGCCCUUAUGGCGGGGAUUUAUUAAUGGUGGAUGCCAAUGGGAAGCAGACUAUUACGAAUGAUGGUGCUACGGUUAUGAAACUCCUCGACAUCGUCCACCCAGCCGCCCGCAUCCUCACAGACAUCGCGCGAUCCCAAGAUGCGGAAGUAGGCGACGGCACGACCUCCGUCGUCGUGCUGGCAGGUGAGAUAUUGAAGGAGGUCCGAGACGCGGUCGAGCAAGGUGUCAGCUCGCAGAUUAUCAUCAAGGGCCUGCGCAGGGCGUGUGCUCUGGCUGUCAACCGCAUUAAAGAGAUUGCGGUGGAUUUAAGGAGUACGCAUGGCGAGUUGGGGAGCAAGGUUCAGACGUUAAGGAGGCUGGCGGGGACGGCGAUGAAUAGCAAGCUUAUUAAGCGGAAUUCAGAUUUUUUUACUAAGAUGGUUGUUGAUGCUGUGCUAUCGCUCGACCAGGAUGAUCUGAAUGAGAAACUCAUCGGCGUGAAGAAGGUUGCUGGUGGUGCUCUCCAGGAAUCCCUCUUCAUCAACGGCGUUGCAUUCAAAAAGACAUUUUCAUACGCUGGUUUCGAACAACAACCAAAGUUCUUCACGAAUCCCAAGAUUGUGUGUCUGAAUGUUGAACUAGAGCUGAAGAGCGAGAAGGACAAUGCUGAGGUGCGUGUGGAGCAUGUAUCAGAGUACCAGGCCAUCGUCGAUGCGGAAUGGCAAAUCAUUUUCAAUAAGAUGGAAGCCCUCUGCAAGACUGGUGCAAAGGUGGUGCUCAGCAAGCUUCCCAUUGGUGAUUUGGCAACACAAUACUUCGCUGACCGCGACAUCUUUUGUGCCGGCCGCGUUGCCUCCGACGACAUGGAGCGCGUAUGCCAGGCAACCGGCGCUUCCACUCAAUCCACCUGCACAGACAUCCAAGACCGCCACCUGGGGACCUGCGGCUCCUUCGAAGAACGCCAAAUCGGUGGCGAGCGCUUUAACAUCUUCUCCGACUGCCCCGCUGCCAAGACAUGCACGUUAGUUCUCCGCGGUGGCGCCGAACAGUUCAUCGCAGAAGCCGAACGCAGUCUCCAUGACGCCAUCAUGAUCGUCAAGCGGGCGCUGAGAAACACCACCAUAGUCGCUGGGGGCGGGGCGGCGGAGAUGGAACUCUCCGGUUACCUGCAUAGCUAUGCGGAUCUGAAUGUACCGCAUAAGCAGCAGGCGAUUGUCAAGGCUUUUGCGAAGGCGCUUGAGGUGAUUCCGCGACAGCUUUGUGAUAAUGCUGGGUUUGAUGCGACGGAUAUCCUCAAUCGGCUGCGCGUGGAGCAUCGUAAAGGGAAUGUGUGGGCUGGUGUUGAUUUUGAUAAUGAGGGGGUUAGGGAUAAUAUGGAAGCUUUUGUCUGGGAGCCUAGUCUUGUCAAGGUGAAUGGAAUCCAGGCGGCGGUGGAGGCGGCGUGUUUGAUUCUUAGUGUGGAUGAGACUAUCAAGAACGAAGAAUCCCAGCAGCCACAAGCGCCGCAACGGCCGCUUCCACAAGGCGCUGCUCAAAGGGUUCUGGGUGGUGGCAGAGGACGGGGAAUGCCCAGGAGAUAA